GAUUUUCAGAAAUGGCGAAAUCAGCAGAGAAUGAGCACCCACAAAAAGCUUUUGGCUGGGCUGCUAGGGACACCUCCGGAAUUCUGUCUCCCUUCCAUUUCUCCCGUAGAGAAAAUGGUGAUGAUGAUGUCACAGUGAAGAUACUUUACUGUGGAGUAUGUCACUCAGACUUGCAUACUUUGAAGAAUGAAUGGGGAUUCACAAAAUAUCCCAUUCUCCCUGGGCAUGAAAUUGUUGGUCUUGUGACAGCAGUUGGAAGUAGUGUCCAUAAGUUCAAGGUUGGUGAUCGAGUCGGAGUUGGGGUGAUUGUAGGCUCCUGUCAAACAUGUGACAUCUGUGAACAGAGCUUGGAAAACUAUUGUCCCAAAGUGAUAUUUACCUACAACUCCACAUACCAUGAUGGUACAAAUACAUAUGGCGGUUACUCUGAUAUGAUAGUUGUUCAUCAGCGCUUUGUUCUUCGAUUUCCUGACAACCUACCUUCUGAUGCCGGGGCACCUUUAUUAUGUUCUGGAAUCACUGUAUACAGCCCGAUGAAGUACUAUGGUAUGACAGAACCAGGUAAGCAUUUGGGUGUUGCUGGAUUGGGCGGCCUUGGUCACAUUGCUGUGAAGAUUGGAAAGGCCUUUGGGUUAAAAGUUACUGUCAUCAGCACCUCUCCAAAAAAGGAGGAUGAGGCCAUCAAGAAGCUUGGUGCGGAUGCUUUCAUUUUAAGUAGUGAUCCUGAAAAAUUGAAGGCUGCUGUGAAUACCAUGGAUUACAUUAUUGACACCAUUGCUGCGGUUCAUCCAUUGGCUCCGUUGCUCAGUUUAUUGAAAAUGGAUGGUAAGCUUGUCACUGUUGGAUUGCCUGAAAAGCCACUGGAGCUUCCAAUUUUCCCUUUAGUUUUGGGUAGGAAGCUUGUUGGAGGUAGUGAUAUUGGAGGCAUGAAAGAGACGCAGGAAAUGUUGGACUUUUGUGCAAAGCACAACAUUAUUGCAGAUAUUGAGCUGAUUUCAGUGGACUCCAUCAAUAUGGCCAUGGAACGACUUGCAAAAUCUGAUGUCAAGUACCGGUUUGUGAUUGACAUUGCCAACUCUUUAUCCCCGUCCUGAUUGUUCAAUGUAGUUGCCGCUGCUUCUUCCUUCAUUACCAAAAAACUUGAUUUUACAAGUCAAGCAAGAUAUGUUAACUAUGUAGCAAGUUGAUAUAUGACUCAUCAGCUUGCGGUAGUUAUUAUUAUUAAGACAAUAAACCUUUGAGGUUGUGUGUAUUCUCAUGGUUCAUUAAGAUUUGUCUUAUUUUGCUAGAGAUGUUUUGAUUUGAUUAAUCUUCUCAAGCGAAUUGCAUUUAAUGUAGCCUUUGAUUAGUCCUAAAGAUAUUAGGAAUGAAAAGGCAAGUCACAUUGAUGGAACGGAGUGUAAAUUGAAU